AAGUUCAGCAGCUCAGCGCUUUAACACACUGUGCCACCACCAGGGACCCCUGGAUGUAGGUGAACUAUAACUCCAGAAUUCAAGGUCAAUGCACACCAAACCCUUCCAGUAUUUCCUGUUGGUCAGGGGAGUUCUGUGUGAAAGGUUUGGUUCAAUUCCAUCGUUGGUGGAGUUCAGAAUGGUUUUUGAUGGUAGGUGAACGAUAAAUCCCAGCAACUACAACUCCCAAAUGCCAAAAUCAGUUCCUUCUCCCCUCAACCCCACCAGUAUUCAAACUUGGGCGUAUGGGGUAUUUGUGCCAAAUUUGGUCCAGUGCAUGAAAAUGCAUCCUGCGUUUAUGAUUCAUAAACAGUUAUGAAGUACAGUAGCAACGAAAACAAUUGUAUGGUUUUCCUCACCAUAAACUGAGGAACUGUAUUGAGGGGUCGCGGCAUUAGGAAGGUUGAGAACCUCUUGGCAUAGAGAUUUGUUGCAAUAGAUUUCCAGCAACGGGGCAUUUUCUAUUUUUGUGUGAAAGAGGCCUUUCCAAAGCUGUUUCCUUCAUUGCGGGAGGGAUGCCGCGCGCUCUCUCCGUCACGUGACUCGCCAGACCCUCGCGCAACGCGGUCUCAGUCGGCCAGGGCCGUGGAAUCUUGAAGCCCUUCAGCCAAGGCCAGCCCUCCGCUUGGGAGGCCCCGCCCCUCUCCAAGGCCCCGCCCCCCGAAGGACCAGGGAAGGAGGGGGCGGAGGGGCAGCCGCCUUCCCAGCGGCUUCCCUGGCACUUCAUGGUCUUUGGGGGCUGCAGGGGAAAAAGAGCUUCUUAUUCCUCGUAGGUGGAUAUAUCUAAACCAGAGCUGCUUGGAGCAACGUUCCUUCAACAACAACAUAAUGAAGGCGCACAAGACCAUGUGGUUGAAUAAAGGCUUUCAGUGUGCCCUGAAGACUGGUUUCAACUAUUCCAAUUGGUUUGAUUUCAAGAGCCAAGAAGAGGAGCAGAAGAACCUCCAGGAUCUCUGUACUAAAACAACCCCUUUCUCAAGCAGCACCUGUGAGAACUCCAACUCCUCCUCCUUUUCGGCCAUCCUCUUAGGAACUAUGUUGGGCUUUCUCACUUGUGGUGUCCUGCUGAGCUUCUUCUUUCUCAUCUUCACAAUUCACUUCAGAAAUAAUAGGAUAGUGAAGAUGUCCAGUCCCAACCUGAAUAUUGUGACUCUCCUGGGGAGCAACUUGACUUAUGGCAGCGCUUAUCUUUUUGGAGCUGAAAAACAGAAUUCAGUGACCAAACCUUCCAUGGAGAUCCUUUUUCAGGCAAGACUCUGCCUAUUGUGUAUAGGCAGUUCCCUGAUGUUUGGCCCUAUCCUAGGAAAAAGCUGGCGGUUGUACAAAGUGUUCACCCAGCAGGUUCCAGACAGGAGAGUGAUUAUCAAAGAUUUUCAGCUGCUGGUGAUGGUAUCAGUGUUAGUGCUGGCUGACAUUAUCCUACUUUUGAUUUGGAUUCUCUUAGACCCGGUUCAGUGUCUCCAAGGCAUUAAUGUAGAUCUGCAGGUUACUGAGGAAAGCUUGAUUUGCACAAUGGGCCAAGGGCAGUUCUGUACAUCCAAGUAUUCUGACUUUUGGCUUCUUCUCUUUCUGGGAUACAAGUAUAGCCUCUUGAUAUAUGGGGCCUAUCUUGCUGGGCUAACGGAUGAUCUUAGCUGUCCACCAGUCAAUCAGUCGCUAACCCUCAUCAUUGCAAUAGUUCUUGUUUUUCUCUCUACUGGACUUAUGCUGGUGGUGAAUAAUUUUUUCUACUUGUGGCACAACCUGGUCUUUGGAUUUACCACAGGAGGAAUCUUGGUUUCCGCUUCUACAAUAAACUGCUUGAUCUUUAUUCCACAGAUCAGACAAUGGAAAACUUUUGAAAAACAAAAAGAUGAUGCUAGCCACAUGGCCAAAUAUUUCACCAGUUCCAGUAAGAACCUCCAAUCUACCAUGUACAGUGAUGAAGAGAUCUACCAGUUGCUGGGAGAGAAAAAUUCCAUGAUCCAACAGCUUGCUGAGAAAAAUACAGCAAUUGCUUGCCUUCAAGAGGAAGUGAACAAUGCUAAGAAGCAACUGAUGAGACUUGUGGCUGAAGAUGAUUACAAUGUUGUUGACUCUCCCUUUCCUUCUUCCCCACAAUUCCUGGAGGCUAAUUCUGCUGCUAUUUGUUCUUCUAUGGGAGCUGAAAACCAGCCAAGAGAUGCUUUUCCAUCUGGGCAGGAAGUGAAGACAUGGCAGUGUCCCCAACUCCCAAAUUCCCAGUGCAGUCCAGAAUUAUAUGCUCAGAAAGGUUGCACUGACUAUCAGGAACAUACAGGUCAACAGAUACCAUUAGACAUUCCUGCUAGGUGCAGAUUAAUGAAUGAUUACAAAAAGACUGGUGAUAAUUUUAGUUCCAAAGAUGACCAAGCCCAGAAGCUCUGUCAGUACACUAGUACAUUUUGCAUCCAAGAUCCGGCCAGACUCUCCGUUCCAAAUGGUGAAGCAAAGCAAGGAAAUUUUUCACCUGUGAUUUCAAAUCAGCUCCCAGAGGUCACCCAAAUUAGAAGCAAAACACUUCAAGAAAUUUUACAAGAUCUCAGCACAAACUGCAUUGGCAUUACCCAAAUGUCUUCUAGGGGAUGUGAACAAGGUGCAGCAUAUGACAUGAAUAUACUGUGCCAAUCACAAGACAUAGAUAUUAAAGAACGUAGUCCUUGUGAGCCAGGACAGGGAAAGGGAUGUCCCACCUCCCCAAAGAGUUUGCAUACUGUAAACAAAAUGGCCAGCAGAAUGCAAACAAACUGCAGAAGUUUAUUUGGUGCAGCAGUCAGUGGCACUGAAGAUGGGAAUUCUUUGCAUCAACUGGCUUCUUUAUCAGCACCCAUGCGUAAGAAAACACUUCAAUACUAUGCUGAAAAUGUACGUUAUCUGGAUAGGACUGGGAACCUGCAUCAGUAUCGUCCAAAGCAGUUUGUGAUGCACACAUUACGAGGCCCAUUUUCCUCCCAGCACUCUUACCCUGGCUCUGAUGCCAGCAGCAGUUCCUCUGGAGCUGAUUCUCCCUAUUGCCACUCCAGGCACUUUUGUGAAUUUUGCCAGUGCAGCCUGUCUUCCUCUAGUGACAACUGUGCCACUGAUGUAGACUCGGAGCUUGGUAUGACUCAACACCCGUUUAUAAAAUAUUCUGACAAGGCUCAGCCUGUUGUGAAUUUCAAUGAUGAUUUGGAGCCUACCUAUGUGUAAAAGGUGGAGAUGAACACGGCCACUUCCUAGACAAGAAGAGGAAAUUAGACAAAUUACUUCUGCUCACAACAUUUCUUCAUUCAUUCAUUCAGUGUGUAUCCCUCCUUUCUAUCAAAAUUGCAAAGUGGACAACAAUGCAGUUUUUUUUACACAUACACACUUGUUUAGUUCAGCUAGUUGAGAAAUUGAUUUGUUUGUUUUUCUGGAAUGGAGAAACUUCUCCAGAAUGGAGACUGGAUGAUAGAUCCUCUGAAUGUUUUGUAACGUUAUGCAUCUCUCCUGUACACAAAGUGUGUUGCAUUGCCUCUCUGCUGAUUAAGCAGAUUUAUUACAAAGGUAAAAAUGUAGAUGGCCCUUUCUCUCUGGGUACUCUGGAUCAGUUCUGCAGGAACCCCCAUGACUAGCACCAAGCUGGCUUAGCAGCUGGCACAUAUACACAUGUCUAAGAUGCUGCAAAAUCCCUUUGCAUACUGAUAUCCAGACUAACAAGGCUAUGACUUUCAAUUUCUUCAGUAAAAACUUGUUGGAGUUGAGGUUGGCAAUGGCGUGGCUAGAAGUGACUAAAUAUUAUUAGGGGCAGAUGGGUGGCCCAGAUGAAGACGAUGGCAAAAGAUGUUCAUUUUCCCCAAUAAAAUAUACAAAUUAAGAUUUUGUGCUGUGUGGACACCAAAAAUUCUGGAGAAACUUUUUUUACCUGGCCUUUUUUUAACUGGCUUCAAAAUCAACAAUUCCAUUAAGCAUUUUAUGUAUAAACUCUUUUGAAAACA